UCCUAUUUUCCAGCCCAAAGCCCUGACGUUUCUGCCCAACCGAGACCCAUUAUCACCAUUAUCACCAACUCUCAACCGAACCCGUGGCUUAUUUUUCGUUGCUAUACCCAAGACAUUUUACCAACUGCUCCGCAGCUCUCACAGUUAUCCAGUUACCCACACAGGAUUCUCAACCAGUACCCAUUCAGGCCGUGUUUGACUCUUGCCGGUUGUUUAUCUCUAUCCAGGGAUCGCCUCUGUACAACGACUUAUCGACAGAAGAACAGACUGUAUAACAACAGAUCAGUUGAGAAACCAGUCUCACUCCUCUGCUCCGCAAGGAAUCACCGCCUUUUCCCAGUAGUGUUUGCCACUGCCAUAGGAUUCAAAGGGAUUAUCCGGAGAGCCCUGCUACUCGUUCCCACAGUUCCUUACCCAGAAGGAAUCAUCAAAUGACAGCCAUGGUUGCUUCCCGCCAGGACAGCAUGUCUGGCUUCAAUUCAUCUCUAGAUAUGGACGAUGUCCACACUCCUGCGAGUGACUACAGCUCUUAUUCUCAAGGAAACAUGCUUGCCAAUUCCAGCGGAUCUUUUCUUUACUCUCAAACGGGACAUGCGGACCUUCAUGGUUCAGUAUGGGAUGCAGCAGAAGGAACACAGAACUUCAAUGGCGAAGAGGAUUUCCAUUUUUCAUAUGGCCAAGUUACUCCCAGAGGACAGGACCAGCAUGAAGCCGUGGAUGACAUGACCAACAAAUGGAUUGCUUCGGAGCAAACUCAAGCUCCCGCCGCAGAGCCCAUGCGACGGAUCAGCUCGAGGGGCUCUUCCGGAAGCCACAAGAACAGAACUAUCAAAGCCUCAGCACAGAAGAGCCGCCCAAGGCUACUUUCUAUGUCUCAUGGCUCUCACAUGUCGAAUUAUGACUUGUCAGGUAAUCCACAGAUGGACGCAUAUCUUCUUCAGGAAUCGGAUACCCACUCGGUAUCUUCUCAGAUGUUCUACCCAACACUACCCAUGAGCGUAGGUUUGCCUACAGAUGGACUCCCAUACUCUCCCGCUGUGCUCACCCCGGGCAUGGGACAGCAGCACAUCGAUCCCACUCAGAUGCAACUGAACUUCGAGGCCAACCUCGCAGGAAACUCGCCUGCUGCUACUACCUGGAGCUCUAUCAGCCCUGUUGAAUCCCGACUCUCUACCCCUGGUCUCCCUGAGGAUGCAUGGUCCGUCCCUAUGGAAUCUUCUCCCUCGCGGACUAACGAUUCUUCGCCAAUUAUGGAUGGCAUUUCGCCAAGCCUCGAUCGCCAGAUGGGCUUGAUGACUACAGAGGAUCCCAAUGGUGUGGUUUUGGCGGAUGAUAUGUUUGCCUUACCUCCUUCUUUCACUCGCCGCUCCAGCGGUGACGGUGAGUCUUCUGCCCGGGACCACCCACUGUAUAAGACCGCCUGCCCACAGAGCGACGGACUUUUCCACUGCCCGUGGGAGGGCCAGUCGAGCUGCAACCACAAGCCCGAGAAGCUCAAGUGCAACUACGACAAAUUUGUCGACUCGCACCUGAAGCCAUACCGAUGCAAGAUCGACUCUUGCGAGAACGCCCGGUUUUCUUCCACUGCUUGCCUCCUCCGACAUGAGCGAGAGGCCCACGCUAUGCAUGGCCAUGGCGACAAGCCCUACCUCUGCACAUAUGAAGGUUGUGACCGUGCCGUUCCCGGAAACGGAUUCCCCCGUCAGUGGAACCUGAAGGACCACAUGAGACGCGUCCACAAUGACAACGGGAACUCCCUCAAUACCGUCAGCGGGUCUCCUCCCUCUGGACACGGAUCUUCCGCACACUCGGCCAAGGGCCGAAAGCGCAAGAACAAGGACUCCGUAGACAGCACCAGCAGCCGCAAGCAUGCUUCCAGAUAUGCCCAGGCCGAGGCCGCCAUGAGAGCCGCUGAGCAGCCCAUGGUUGACGAAUGGUACCAGCACCACAAGGCUCUGCAAAACUACCUGCAAGAAUUCAACGUCCCCGACGCUUUUGACUACUUGCACCAAAUCACCGAGGCCAGGGAUCACUUGUCAGCCAUGGGAAAGAUCUCCCAGAAGCUGCUUCACACCAACAAGACCAACACUCAGGACUCCUACAGACGAUCCCACGGACACCACUCUCGCUAAAUGAAGAACCCAAUAGAACAACAGAAAUUUGAGGACCAAGGAUGAUUUUCAAGCCAAGGAAUAUGCAAGCGCAUACUCCAACCUUUUUUACUUCUUCUUCCACCGGACUGGAGGCCGUGACAGAGUCUGGCUAGACUCUAUGAGGAUUCAUUCGAAGAAACCGCCACGCUCCGAGCCGAGCCCGGCAUUGGAAUCCAAGGAAUAUAGGUACCGGUUGCUACGUCUCAUUUGAUUGUAGAGUUUUUCCGGAUUGAAACCUAAGAAAGAAAACCAUGGACAUGCCGAGGUGUGUGGGGAGAGUCGAUU